CCCCCCACCCUCUUUCUCUCCUCCCCCUCGUCUUUUAUGGCGGUCUGCAGCUCCUCCUUUUCUUACAUAUAUAUUCGUGUGUGUGUGAACUGAUCGAUCAUCAUCAUCGUCGUCGAUCUCGAAUUAGGGUUUCUUUCAUGGCUUCUGCAAGUAAUGAAAAUUCUGGGGAAAGGAAGCUUUUUUCUUACCCUCUAAUGGCGGUUUCCGACAAGGCUGUGAUGCUCGGCGGCGAGCAGUGCGGCCAGGACAUGUUUCUUCGUCAUCAUCAAAUCCAUAACAGUAGCUGUAAUAAUAUUAAUACUCCCUUGUCGUUCGGGAUGCUGACGACCACCACCCUCCCCCCCUCGUCAUCAUCCACCAUUCCUGGAGGUGUCGCAAACAUGAGCAGGGAGACAUUAGCAGCUGCUUAUGAAAUGGGAGAAUUGGAUCAAGCACUGUUUUUGUAUCUUCAAGGACAAGAACAUCACCAGACAGUUGUUCAUCAUGAACACAGACAGAAUUGUGGGAUGAGACCACACACACUGAACAUAUUCCCAUCACAGCCAAUGCAUGUAGAGCCAUCAAAGGCAACUACUGCAGGACUGCUUUCUCCAUCCACCAGUGGCUCCAAGAAAUCAUCUGAGCCGUCCAUUGAUCUAUCCAGCCCUAGAUUGGACGGUGCUUCUGCCUCUGAACCCGCCAAAGCAGUUAAGCGUGAGGAAAGCCAGAAAGGGCCUGCUUCUAGUUCCGACAAGGAUGUACCAAAAACACCAGAUGCCAAGACACUGAGGAGGCUUGCUCAGAAUCGAGAGGCAGCAAGAAAAAGCAGGCUUAGGAAGAAGGCUUACAUUCAGCAGCUGGAGUCGAGCAGGGUUAGGCUUGUUCAGUUAGAACAAGAAGUACAAAGAGCAAAAUCCCAGGGCUUUUGCAUUGGAAGUGGCUCUGCAAUUUUAGGAGACCAGUUAGGGAUUCCUGUUGCAAUCAAUUCUGAUGCGGCGGCGUUCGACGUGGAGUACGCACGGUGGCUGGAGGAGCACCACCGCCAGAUGAUGGAGCUCCGCCGAGCAGUGGACGAGCGUCUGCCGGAAAACGAGGUCCGGGCGGCGGUGGAGACCUGCCUGGCCCACAUCGACCAGAUGAUGAAUCUCAAAAGCCUCAUCGCCAAGUCCGACGUCUUCCACCUCCUCUCCGGCGCCUGGCGCACGCCGGCCGAGCGCUGCUUCCUCUGGAUGGGCGGUUUCCGGCCGUCGGAGCUCAUCAAGACGGUGGUGAACCAGAUCCAGCCGCUGACGGAGCAGCAGGUGGUGGCGGUGUGCGCCCUGCAGCAGUCGACGCAGGAGGCGGAGGAGGCGCUCUCGCAGGGGCUCGACGCCCUCCACGCCGCCAUAUCGGAGACCAUCGCCGGCGAGUCGCUGCUGAUGCCGCCGGAGGUUAAUUCCUACAUGAGCCAGAUGGCCGUCGCCAUCAACAAGCUUCAAACCCUAGAGGGCUUCAUUCGACAGGCUGAUAAUCUGAGGCAGCAAACCCUUCACCGGCUGCACCAUCUCCUGACGGUCCGGCAGGCGGCGCGGUGCUUUCUGGCCAUAGCCGAGUAUUUCCACCGCCUGCGCGCCCUCAGCUCUCUCUGGCUCUCCCGUCCGCGCUCCAGCAGCCCCGGAGAAUAAAUUUAUCUCGAUCUAUUUAUUGCUUUCUUUUUUGUUUAUUAGGGUUAACUAGUAGGAGAUUACAAUUAAUUAGUGUAAUAACUAAUUUAAUUUGGGACAACUCUAAUUUAACCAGUCUUUUUUUUUUG